UGAUAAUCCAUCUCGACACUUCAAGUUCUCGUUCUUGGACUCUCCAAAAGUUAGACCUGUUUGCACUUAGACGCAUGCUUCAAAGACUAUUAUACUAGCCCUUGGGGCCCUCAUGCAAUCCACGAGUGGCUCUCGUGUCCGUCCAUCGCAUGCUUAAGGCGUGGCAUGGACUAUUUCUGCGAGCCUGGAGCAAGAUCGACCUUACUUGCCGCACGCCUCUGUCUGUGACUUCUUCUCCUCUGCUUCCGGCCCAGCUUGAAUCAUGCCACUAUUCAAAUAUCGCCGCUUCCCCCUUCGCAAAGCCCGGAAGUCCCAGAGCAAUGCAGCGAGCACAUCGCUGCAAGACGAGCUAAAAUGUUUGGUGGAGUCGGUCUCAGACCCUGCAGACAAGAAGGCAUUUGAGCUAGAGAUGCGAUCCUUUUCAGACCUGUUCUCGCGAUUUCUAGCAGAGAAGUCCGAGGGCAAACAACUGCAAUGGGAUGAGGUCCAACCAGCAACACCCCUCGGAAAGCUGGCUGUGCUGAAAGUGAACGGUGGCUUGGGCACAACGAUGGGAAUGAACGGCGCGAAGAGCGCCUUGGAGGUCAAAGGGGGGAUGACCUUUCUCGACUUGACCGUCAAGCAAAUUGAGCACCUCAAUGCGACGUACAACGCGGAUGUCCCUCUGAUCCUGAUGACUUCGUUCGCCACGCACGACGACACGCUUCGGAUUGUCAGGAAAUACUCACAGCACAAGCUACGCAUCACGACGUUCAACCAGUCCCGAUACCCCCGCCUUCUCAAAGACUCGUUGCUCCCAUGCGCAAAGACUGCCGUCGAUGACAAAGCGGGAUGGUAUCCCCCGGGCCAUGGAGAUUUGUAUAUCGCUCUCAAGCAGUCUGGGAUCCUCGACAAACUGAUCGCCGACGGAAUCGAAUACCUCUUCGUCUCCAACUCAGACAAUCUGGGGGCCGUGGUCGAUCAGCGGAUCUUCAAGCAGAUGAUCGAUAGCAAGGCUGAAUUCCUGAUGGAAGUCACCGAAAAGACCAAAGCCGAUAUCAAGGGCGGAACGCUUGUGAGCUACAGAGAUUCCAUCCGGCUGCUCGAGCUUGCGCAAGUGCCGCCGCAGUACGUCGAUGACUUCCGGUCUGUGCGCAAAUUCCAGAUCUUUAACACCAACAACCUUUGGAUCAAUCUGCACGCUUUGAAGUGUGUCAUGGACGGUGGUGGCAUGCACCUGGACGUGAUCGCGAACUCCAAAAUCAAUGAACGUGGAGAGGCCGUUCUGCAGGUACUGAAUCAGCUUGGCCGAUCAUCGAAGGCAUCCAGAUUGACCAAUGGCAUCUCCUCCCAGCUCGAAACAGCUGCAGGUGCCGCAAUCCAGCACUUCCAGAACGCAUACGGAAUCCGCGUGCCCCGCUCUCGAUUCCUCCCCGUCAAGAACUGCUCGGAUCUCCUGCUGAUCAAGAGCAACAUGUACUCGAUCGAGCACGGCCAGCUCGUUCCGAACCCUGACCGGCAGUUCUCUGCCACGCCAGUGAUCAAAUUGGGGGAUCACUGCAAGAAGAUCCAACAAUUUCAUAGAAGAUUCAAGAGGAUUCCCGACAUGCUCGAUUUGGACCAUCUCACAGUCUCCGGAGACGUGUAUUUUGGACGUGACACCACCCUGCGAGGAACCGUGAUAGUCGUCGCACACGAAGGGCAGCGGAUUGAUAUCCCCGAUGGCUGCAUUCUCGAAAAUCGAUUGUUGUCGGGAAAUCUGACCAUGGUGGCAAGUCCCUUCCAUUCACGUUGCUUUUACGACAGCCGGUGA